AUGUCGCUUUCCUCCCUCUUAUUGACUUCCACCGCAUUCUCCCUCGCUGGCUCCGCAGCCGCUCAGAUCAACGGGGGAAGCAACAUAUCGAACCAGUCACAUAAGGUCCGACUUGCCGCAGGCGCUAUUGCAGGCAUAGCCAUCGGCGUUAUUGCCCUCAUCGCUCUCUUGACGCUUAUCGGCGUCUGCUGCCUCUGUCGCAAGCGUCGUCGUGCGGGCUUCAGUGGCACGGGUGGCACGAGGUUUGGUCGGUUUGGGAGAACUGGUGGUCCGAUGGGCACGACUGCAGCAACAGGCCCCGGCAUGAACAACGGAAACACAGGCUUCAACUACGCGGGUGCACAGGAGUCCGGGCCAGGUAUGGGCGGCUGGAACCAGACGGCUCAGCCUGCCUACCAGCCUCCCCACGGCGCGCCCCCCACCGGUCUCCACGCAGCGCCACAUCCGGGCGGCUUUACGGCGCCCCAGCAAGCACACACUAAACCGUACUGA